AUGGAGCUGGGUGUUGUUGAGUUGUUAAUUGGCUUGAGUGUUGUAUUAACUUGGUGUUAUUUUAAAUAUUUACGUAAUGAUUAUUGGAUUAAAUUGGGUAUUCCUGGACCAAAACCAUUGCCAAUUGUUGGAAAUUUUUAUAAAGCUGCAUUUGGAAAUAUAUCAUUGAUCGAAAAUGUAGAUGAAGUUUAUAAUAAUUGGAAAAAUGAACGUUACUAUGGUGUAUAUUUAGGAUUAAAUCCAAUGUUAAUUAUCAAUGAUCCAGAAUUAACAAAAUUAAUUCUUGUUAAAGAAUUUAAUACAUUUCCAAGUCGUGGUAUUUAUGUACCAGAAAAUGAUGAUUCAUUACAGUCAAAUAUAUUUGCACUUGAUGGACAUAGAUGGAAAGUAUUACGAACACAUUUAACACCAUUAUUUACAAUUAAAAAAAAUAAUGUCAUUGAAAUAAGAGAAUUUUCAGCUAAAUUUACUACUGAUGUUAUUGGCUCUUGUGUAUUUGGAAUAAAUACAAAUUCAAUUACAAAUGAAGAUAGUGAAUUUCAACUUGCACAAGCAUUAGAUUGUCAAGAAAAACUUAGAGCUGAAAUUAAAGAAAUUCUUGGUAAAUUUGGAGGAAAAUUAAGCUAUGAAAUUAUUAAUGAAAUGAAGUAUCUUGAUAUGGUUAUAAAAGUUUUUUUUCCUAUACAUUCAUUUCAACGUGAUCCAGAAUAUUUUAGAAAUCCCGAUGUAUUUGAUCCACUGAGAUUCAGUGAAGAAAGAAAAUCAGAAAUUAUUCCUGGAACUUAUAGUCCAUUUGGACAUGGACCAAAAAACUGUAUUGGUGAAAGAUUUGCAAAUUAUCAAACGAAAAUAGGAUUAAUAUCAAUUGUAAAAAAUUUUAUAAUUGAACCAUCGGAAUUUACUAAAAAAACAUAUGUUAUUGAUAAAGCAUCACUCGUUCUUGCUAUGAAAGGAGGUGUUCAUCUUAAGCUUGUUCCUUGCAAUUAA